AUGAGAACGGCCGCUCUCGCUCUGGCCCUGCCAACCCUGGCCAGCGCCGUGAAGUGCAAGCCCUACGUCGACUCUGAGUCGCUCCAAGAGCUGAUUGCGAUCGAUGACCUCCUUGCCGGUUCCCAGAAGCUCCAGGACAUCGCCGACGCGCACGAGGGCAACCGUGCCUUCGGUGGUGGUGGCCACAACGCCACAGUCGACUGGCUUGUUGAGGAGCUCGAGAAGCUUGACUACUUCGACGUCUACAAGCAGCCCUUCACCGAGGCCUUCGCCGGCUCCAAGGCGACCCUGACCGUGGGCGGCGCCGCUGUCGAUGCCCGGCCCAUGACCUUCACCCCUGCUGGCGAUGUCAGCGGUGCCCCCUUGGUCAGCGUCGCGAACCUUGGUUGCGAUGCCGCCGACUACCCUGCCGAGGUCUCCGGUGCUGUGGCUCUGGUGUCAAGAGGAACCUGCAACUUUGCUGUCAAGGCGGGCUUGGCCAAGUCCGCGGGCGCUGUUGCGGCCAUUAUCUACAACAACGAAGUUGGCGCGCUUUCCGGAACGCUGGGUGAGCAGUCGGACGCAUAUGCGCCGGUUGUGGGAAUCACUCAAGCGGAGGGUGCGAAGUUCGUGGAAGCUAUCGCGGCAAGCGAAGAUGUCACCGUUGUGCUGAACGUCAUCUCCAUCAUCGAAGAUCGCGUCAACUACAACGUCAUCGCCGAGACUCGUGGCGGAGAUCCCGACAACGUGCUGAUGAUCGGAGGCCACUCCGACUCCGUCUUUGCCGGUCCCGGUAUCAACGACGAUGGCUCCGGCACUGUGGGCGUUUUGACCGUUGCCAAGGCCCUCACCAACUUCCAGACCAAGAACGCCGUCCGUCUUGGCUUCUGGGGCGCCGAGGAGUACGGAAAGCUUGGCUCCUACUACUACGUCAAGCAGCUCAACAGCUCCGAGGAGGAAAUCUCCAAGAUUCGUGCAUACCUCAACUUCGACAUGAUUGCUAGCCCGAACCCGAAGCUUGCCAUCUACGACGGAGACGGAAGCGCCUUCAACUUUUCCGGCCCUGCUGGUUCUGAUGUAAUUGAGAAGGAUUUCGAGGAGUUCUUCGAGAACAAUGGCCGGGGACACGUCCCGACCGAGUUCAACGGCCGUUCUGACUACGCCGGUUUCAUCGAGAACGGAAUCCCCUCUGGAGGACUCUUCACCGGAGCCGAGGGAUUGAAGACCGAGGCUGAGGCUGCGCUGUUCGGUGGCGAGGUCGGCGUCGCAUACGACGUCAACUACCACUUAAUCGGCGAUGACAUCACGAACCUGGACAACGACGCAUACCUUAUCAACACAAAGGCCAUUGCGCACACUGUUGCCAAGUACUCCAUGAGCUGGGAGGACUUCCCCGCUGUCAACCUGGCCAAGCGUCGGUAUGCUGCGGACACCGCUCAGCACCUCAAGAGGGCUGCCGAGCUCACGGGUCACUCUCACGACGGACCCUGUGGCGGUGGUUCUCACGCCUAA